AUGUUCUACGCAUUUUUGCUGAUCGGCCUCACGCUUCAACUGGCGACAGAGGAGUGCACACCCGUCUCCGGUGGCGGUCCCGAGACCUGCAAGACAUGCGGGGCCACCAUUGGGGGAGUGAGCUACUGCUCGCAAUGCAAUGAUAGUGGGUCGGAGUCUGCCCCGACGGACGGCAAGUGCACAACAGACAACGCUGUGUGUAAUGCAAAGGCAGAAGGAAAGUGCACCACGUGUACGGGAAGCUCCUUCAUGUACAAAGGAGGAUGCUAUUCAAAGGAUACUAAACCUGGCAAUGCAGCGUGUACACAAGCAGCUGCUGGAGUGUGCACACAAGCCGCGCAAGGAUACUUCCUGCCACCCGAUGCUGAUAGAGAUAAUGCACAUCAGUCUGCUAUACCGUGCGGAAGUGAGGAGGAAGUACCAGCUAAAAACAACCACAAGUAUAAGGGCGUGCCGCAUUGCACUCAGUGUGACACGCCUGACGUAGCAGCCGAUGCUAACGCCAAGGCUGCCACGUGCACAGCAUGCGAGAGCGGAUACUUUGUAGAUAAUAGUAAAGGAAAGACAUGUACAGCAUGUGCAGAUAACUGCCUGACCUGCACCGACGGGACAGUCAGCAAGUGCAAGUCGUGCACGGCAGAGACGUACUUCUUAGCAACAGAGGGGAGCGAGGGCCCUUGCAUAUCGUGCGGAGAUGCUACUCAGGGAUCUGGUGCUUGGAAGGGCGUCGCUGGAUGCGCCAAGUGUACUAAGCCACAGAGUGCCGGCCCUGCAACGUGCACUGAGUGCCAGGCAGAUAAGUAUCUGAAGACAGAAUCGGGGACAGCCUCUUGUGUCAGUGCAGAGGAGUGUAAGGAUGGAUUCUUCCCCACAGCCGAUGCACAAGGCAAGAAGGUGUGUGCUAAGUGCAGCGAUACUGCCAAUGGUGGCAUAGAGGAUUGUGCAAAAUGCUCUCUCAAGGCAACGUCUGCAAGAGCAGGUCCAAUGGUUACGUGCUCUGGGUGUGAGACCAAAAGACUGAGCCCCCUUAAUGAUGCAUGUCUGGAGGAGUGCCCUGCCGGCACAUAUCCCGAUAAUCGUGACAGUACCGGCAUUUGCGCUUCCUGUCACAAUACAUGCGCAAGCUGUAGUACUAACGCAGAAACGUCGUGCACGGCCUGCUAUCCGGGGUAUGUGCUGAGUCGGUCGUCUGGUGACGCAGGAACGUGCAUAAAAGAGUGCACGGGAGACUUUAUGGCCCACUGCAAGGCCGACGGCUGCUCACUGAACGUCGGAGGCUCGAAGUACUGCGAUCAGUGCGAGGAUGGGUACGCCCCAGUCGACGGCGUUUGCACUAAGGUGGCCAGCACAGCGAGGGAUGCCUCCGGAUGUAAGGCAAGUGGCGGGAAAUGCACUGAGUGUGGGGCAAACUACGCUCUGUUAUCGGGCGGAUGCUAUAAUACAAAUAAGGUCCCCGGCAACUCUGUAUGCACGUUAUCCGUAGGCGGAAAGUGUACUAUGUGCGUAGCAAGUGGAGCAGAUCCCAAAGGACAAGCCUGUCCUACAUGCCCUGAUGGUUGUUUGAAGUGUACUGGUAACGUCGGUUCUCAGACCUGUUCUUCCUGCCUUUCUGGAUAUUAUCUUUCUACUAAUAAGUGCUUUAGGUGCACAGCAGGCGACGGAGCUAGUGCCAACGCAAUCACUGGUGUAGAGAACUGCAUAAGCUGUGCCCCUCCAACUGGUGGCAAUGGCGGCUCUGUUACUUGCUAUGUCAAGAACGAUGACAGCAGUGGCAGUGGCACUGGUGGAAGCACGAACAAGAGCGGGCUCUCCACUGGCGCCAUUGCAGGCAUCUCCGUUGCUGUGAUUGUUGUUGUAGGGGGCCUCGUCGGCUUCCUCUGCUGGUGGUUUAUUUGUAGAGGAAAGGCGUAG